AAGGACACUGUCAAGUUGCAUAAAAGGUCUCCAGCUGCCAAACAGCCAUCUGAAUCUGCCUGCAUUUGUUCACACAUUUUGUCAAGGAUGUGUAUGAUUUUAUAAUAAAUAUACGUAUUAAACGUGGAUUCCGCUAUUGUGCUGGAGGGGAAUUUGUGACAUUUCAAUGCUUGUAAAGAAUGGAUCUUUCCUUCUGAUGAUCUCCUGAUGAUCACUGACGUCAUGACAACAAUUGCCUUUUGAGGAGUGCACUUACCUUGAAUAAUUGUGGAGCACUAAACAGCCACAGAUUAUCAAAAUGUUGGCACGCAAAGGCCUUAUGCCUGAUGGGUUCCUGUUGACUCGACUCGCUGAGGAUGCGACACAACCCAGUCGCAUCCGACCAAAGUCACAGAGGGCACGUUUCAUCACCAAGAGUGGCUCGUGUAAUGUUGCCCACAGAAAUAUACGAGAACAGGGGCGAUUUCUCCAGGAUGUUUUCACUACUAUGGUGGAUCUGAAGUGGCAGCAUUCCCUCCUCAUCUUCACUUCGGCAUUCCUCUGCUCCUGGAUGCUCUUUGCUAUGGUUUGGUGGCUCCUGGCUUUCGCUCAUGGCGACCUGGAGCCUCGAGAUCCCAAUGAGCCCGGACCAGUGCCCUGUGUCACUUCCAUUCACUCUUUCACUUCUGCUUUCCUGUUUUCCAUUGAAGUGCAGGUGACUAUUGGUUUUGGAGGACGAAUGGUGACAGAAGAAUGUCCACUGGCCAUCAUAGUCCUCAUCAUCCAGAACAUUCUAGGCCUGAUCAUCAAUGCCAUCAUGCUUGGCUGUGUGUUCAUGAAGACUGCUCAGGCCAAUCGGCGAGCAGAGACCCUCAUCUUCUCCCGUAACGCUGUUAUCGCCCCUCGCAAUGGCAGACCCACGUUCAUGUUCCGCGUUGGGGACCUGAGAAAAAGCAUGAUCAUCUCAGCCACGAUACAGCUACAGGUAAUUCGUCGGACGGUAACAGCAGAAGGCGAGGUUAUUCCUGUCUGUCAGCUAGAUAUCCAGGUUGAAAACCCUCUCCGGAGCAACGGCAUAUUCCUCAUCUCUCCUCUGAUAAUAAGUCACACCAUUGACAGAGGAAGCCCGCUGUACGAGGUCUCAGCACAGUCACUGGCGACUGAAGACCUUGAGAUCAUUGUCAUUUUGGAAGGUGUCGUGGAGACCACUGGAAUCACAAUGCAGGCGCGCACAUCCUACACGCCCGAGGAGAUCUUUUGGGGACGCCGCUUCGUCUCCAUUAUGACUGAGGAAGAUGGCCGCUACUCAGUCGACUACUCCAAAUUUGGGAAUACCGUCCCCGUUCGAAUGCCAGCGCUCAGCGCUAAGGAGCUGGACCAGACUAGGGGCGUGCAGGACAGCGGACCUCAUGAGGUCAAACCCCAGGGAUGGGGGCUGGUGAGGGCGGGGCGAGGUGGGUACAGAAGGGGUGGUGGCAGGGCCUGCGAUGACACGGUAGCCAAGCCUUGGUAUGUGCUGGCUGAGAAAGACGAGGACAAGGAAGGGAAGGAGAAGAAAGGUCAAAAGAAAACAGUGAAAUUGGAGGAGAUAGGCAAGGAGAUUGAAGAGGAGACGAUGGAGGACAUGAGUGAUUAAAGAGAGAGAACAUGAGUGAUAUUUAAGACAUUCGGAUAUAGCACAUAAAACAUAUCCAAGUCACGUUUCACCCCAAACUCAAAAUGAAAAACAGUAAAUAAUGUUUUUAAAAAUAUUUUAAAAAAUUAAGCCGAUUUAUUGGACCAUUACGAUUUUCUGAAUUAUAACAUCAUUUUCAUGACAAUGUAGUAAAUUAUCCUACUUAAUUCUCAUUACUGUAGUGCACCCAGAUAUUUAAUUUUUUUAUUUAUUUGUUUUUCUAAUUAUUCUCAAAGUUGAUUCUCUCUACUGAAAAAGGACUACUGUAAAAAAAACUAAAAAGUGAAACAUCUUGUUAAAUUACGGUAAUAAGAAUUUGGGGUGAGCAAAAUAUAUUUAGCCAAUUUAAUAUUAAUAUUAACUGAAUAUAUUUUCUCUUGAUGUUUGGGUGAAAUAUCACCGGGACAUAUUUUUGAAAUGUUUCGUGAGAUUCACCCAGUUACUGGUGACGAGUUUGCAUUAUUCGAACAUAUUGCAAAUCUUAACAUUUAAUUUAGUUUUAUACUAUAAAGUUUUUGUAAACCGUCAAGACAUGGGCAACUGCUGUAUUGUUUACUAUGACAAUGGAAAUGCUCUUGUCAAUUCCUGUUUUCCUUAUAACUAAUAAUGAAUUUCAGGGUUGACAAUUGGCCCCACUCUUUUUCCAGGUUAUCUUGACCAGAAUAGUCAAGUCAUAUCUGUCCCUGUUGAGGCACAUAUGAGGCAGCUUGUUUGUAUGUUGGGCUUUAAUUGCAUAAAACCUUUUUAAAAUGUUCAACUUUUGUUUAUCUUCUGUAUUUUCUUUGCCUUUUGUGUUUUCAUCAUAUUUGAUGAGAUGUGACUGUUUAUGUGACAAUUGUUGUUUUUAAUGAGGCUGUUGUAUUGGCAUUGUGUGUGUGGGCUUGUGCAAUUGUGUGUUGUGAUCUAGAUGACCUCUACCCUUUACACACAUUCCAUUAUGGUGUUUUUGUCCUCAAAUGUUGUUCGCCACAGUAAACUCAGUGACAAUAAGAUGAUGCGUACCAUGUUUAUUUAAACUGUAACAUAUCAGUGGGUUAAUGUAUUUUGUGUAUUUCAUGUAUUCAGUAAAGUGUUUGAU